AUGGAGAAGGGUUACGAUGUGUAUGAGUACAGCCGCAAAGGCGACCUGGAAAGCUUGCGUGAGGCGCUUGCGGAAGGCAGUAAGCCUGAUGAAUAUAUGGCCUACGAUGGCUCGACUGCGUUAGUCAUGGCUGCUCGCAGUGGCCACGCACACAUCGUCAAAGAACUUCUGGCGCGCGGCGCUGAUGCCCAGGUUCGAACAGAGGAUGGCUCUACCAUCUUGCACCAUGCUGCCAGUGGCAAUGCUGCCGAGGCCAUCCCUGUUCUCAUCGCGGCUGGCGUUGAUCCAAAUGAAGGCAAUGAAGAUGGUGUUGUUCCCUUGAUCCUGGCAGCACACUAUGGCCACCUCGCCUGCGUGCGCGGAUUGUGUGAUGGUGGUGCUGACGUGAACUUGGCUGCAGAGGGCUGGGGCACUGCACUGGAUGGUGCAGAUGGUGAUGUCGCAACAUACCUCCUUAGCCGUGGUGCCAAGCGUUCAGAUCAAGGCGCAGAUCAACCCAUGGCAGCAGCUCACGAGCGCUUUUCAUACGGCUGCUUUGAGACCGGCGAAAAUCCACAUUCCACGCCUGUGCUGGCACCGUCAAGUUCCCAAGGCUACUCUGUGCCAACAGCUGACACGAGGCCACAGGUGGGCGACAAGGUUUGUCUUCGACAUGCCAAGCCAUCCGGACUCUUGAAGGAGGGUGAUGUUGGCGUGGUGGUUGCUGAUGAUGGCUCCGAUUGUGUCCCCCUCAAAGUAAAGCUGGGUGACAAAUAUGACUACUAUGAGUAUUCUGAUGUCAUGGUUCCUUCUGCCAGUUCCAGUGCCAGUGCAUGUGCUACACCAGAGGGUACCAAGGGCUUCCUUGCGAGGAAGAAAGUGGCACAGGGAAAUCUGCGCAACCUUGGGAACACAGGCCUUUGCAUUUCACCGGUGGGGUUUGGCUGCCAUCGCCUGGAGGACACAGAUUCUCACAAGAGCGCUUUGGAACUGGCAAUCUCACUUGGUUGUAAUUUUGUUGACUUGGCGCCGAACUACACUGAUGGCGAUGCUGAAAAGGUCGCUGGAGAAGUCCUCCAGAAACUGCUGCAGCAACGCAAGGUUGCUCGAGACGAGAUUGUUGUGGCUACCAAGGUUGGCAAUGUGCUGGGAAAGCAGAUGGCACAUACCGAGGGUGUUCCCAACAUGGCAAGAGUCAAUGAGAGCUUAUAUCACUGUAUCUCCCCGUGCUGGAUCGAGCAGGAGCUGACGCGAAGCCUGAACCGGCUGCAGCUCAGUUGCAUCGAUUGUUUGCUACUUCAUUGCCCUGAGUAUGAGAGCAAGGCAGGUGUGGACAUGUCGGAGGUCUACUCGAGAAUGAGAACUGCCUUUGACUACUUGGAGACUGAAGUUGCAAAGGGUCGGAUUGCCAUGUACGGCUUAUCAGCGGCCUUUAUGCCAUUGAGACCCACAGACGCUCAGCAUUUGGACUUGUCGAAGGUUCUGAGACUACUACCUGAGAAGCAUCACUUCAGGGUCUUGCAGUUCCCCUUGAACUUUGCGGAGGCAGAAGCCAUGUGGGUAGGUCACGUCCCUCGAAAUCCUGAUGGAUCAGCUGUGGAUUCGGGCUCAGCGGUUGAAGCGGCAACCCUUUUUGAGGUGGCGAAAACUCAUGGCUUGGCUACGCUGAUAAACCGACCGCUGGAUGGCAUUUACAAGGAAGCUCACGGCGUCUUGCGUUUCUCGUCCCUGGAUUGUGAUGUGCGUUCCUUCUCCGAGCUGCAGCUUGACAACUGUGAUGCCAUUGAGGAGAAGAUCACUAAUCUGUGCCAGCUGAGUUCUGCUCCAUUUAACGCAGAUGAGGGUGCCUCUGGGCAUUUGGCAGCCAAAACUGUAAAAGUGCUGGCAAGCUUGCCCAACGUAGAUUGCGUCCUUUUGGGAAUGCGACGACCAGACUAUGUGAUUGGCACCAUUCCACUUGCUUUUGCUACUCCACCGGUGAAUUCAGAGGUCGCAUUGAAAGCGCUGAGGGCGGUACACAACACUGUUUGUAUGUGGUUUGCAACUGCCAUCCAUGAGUCUGACCACGGGACAUCAAAGCACUGGCGCCUUCCAGUGAAAGAAAAAUACUCCAAUGCAGCUGGAGCAUAG